AUGAAGAAGAUUUACGGAGGUCCAGGAACUGUGUGUGGUCUGUUACUGAGAAUCGGGCAAUGUGCUUCAGCUGCCGCAUCCAUCGGCGUUAUGGUUUCUGCGACGCUGUUUUAUAAUCGCACUGCUUUUUGCUACUUGAUAGCUUCCAUGGCUCUUCAAUUGCUGUGGAGCUUUGGGCUUGCAUGUCUUGAUGUUUAUGCUCUGAGGGGGAAGAAAGAUCUCCAAAACCCGGUUUUGGUUAGCUUAUUCGUCGUUGGUGAUUGGGUGACUGCAAUGCUAUCUCUUGCAGCUGCAUGUUCGUCAGCAGGAGUUGUAGUCUUAUAUGCCAGAGAUCUCAAGUAUUGCGAUGUUAGUGGCCAAUUUUCAUGUCUUAGGUAUGAAAUAGCCGUAGCGCUUUCUUUCGUCACUUGGAUUCAAGUCGCUGUUUCUUCUCACGUCACGUUUUGGAUCUUAGCCUCGGUUUAG